AUGGCGGCGACGGGGGGAUACGACGGCGUCUGGAUGCGCCGCGCGCGCCAAACCGACGAGUGGCUCGCUGGCCACAAGGUCGUCGUGUCCGCUACGACCGCGUCGAUUAUCUCUACCUUUGCCGGCUUCCCGCUCGAUUCGCUCAAGUCGCGUCUCCAGAGCUCGCGCGAGAAUAUCCCAAUGGCGCGCCUCGCCGCAGACGUCGUCCGCGAAGAAGGUAUCGGCGGACUGUGGCGCGGCUUCCCCUUACCCCUCAUCACCAUCUCGAUCGUGCGCACAAUCUCAUUCACGAUCUACACGAGUACCAAGCGUAUCCUGAACUCUACCGCCGACUCACCGCCACCAGUCACCAAGCCAUGGAUCGACCUCCACCUCGGAAUACUGAACAAGAACCGCACCUUUGACGUGGCCAUGACCUCGCUCAUUGCUGGCGGAGCUUCAGGUGCCGUAGUAUGUAUCGGUAGCGCGCCGUUCGAACUAGUCAAGGUCCGCCGCCAGCUCGAGUACCAGAUUUAUCGCGACUCUCAUCCAGAACUCUUCGCGCCUACACAAAAGCCACAUGUACCACAAGCACCAAAAGUCGUACCCCUCCUCCAUGCCGGACCGGUCGAGGUCGUUGCGGACGCAAUCGAAAACUCGGUCGCGUCCAAUAAGGCUCGACCGUCGGGGUCGCCCCAGUUCGUGGCCCCAACCACGAUGCAGGCCGUACGCAUGAUUGUACGUUCCCUGGGCCCGAUGGGCUUGUGGAACGGCUUUCCUCUCCAUUUUGUGCGCGAUACCCUCGGAACCGCACUGUACUUUGCCGAGUAUGACGUGAUGCGCUUCUGGCUCUCGGGCGCCCGGGGGAGUGGAAAGCGCGAGGACAAGUUCGGGAGUACAACCACACAGGCCGACUUGCCGGCCUGGGCGCGCGGGUGGCUACCAGCCCAGUUCGUGCCGUUCCUCUGCGGCUCGCUUGCAGGCGUCACGUCCUGGGCCCUGAUUUACCCCGUCGACGCGAUCAAGACAAAGGCGCAACAGCGUGCCAUGUCGGGCCUCGCACCACGGACACCGUACACCCAGCUCCGGCGACUGGUACGCGGGACAGAUGGUACCAAGCCAUGGUUGUCCGGCAUUGCGCGGUUGUAUCGCGGCCUCGGUGUAUCCAUGGUCCGCUCGAUGCUCACGCACGGCCUGCUUUGGACCCUCGUUGACUGGACGAGCGGCUAUAUUGACGGGCGACCAGUCGAGCGCUUCGUCGAGCGCCUGGCCUAG